UGUGGCUCCCUUGUGAUGGCUUCAUGGGUGGGUGGCUUUGUGCAUUCCAUAGUUCAGACUCUCCUGAUCAUCCAGUUACCCUUCUGUGGGCCCAACGAGAUUGACCACUAUUUCUGCGAUGUGCACCCUUUGCUGAAACUGGCCUGCGCUGACACUUACCUUGUUGGUGUCAUGGUCAUUGCCAAUACCGGGAUGCUUUCUCUGACCUGUUUUGUUGUGCUGGUUGUGUCCUAUGUCAUCAUCUUAGUCUCCUUGAGAACUCGCUCCUCCGAAGGUCGUCGCAAAGCUCUUUCCACCUGUGCCUCCCAUAUUGCUGUAGUGAUUAUAUUUUUCGGGCCAUGUAUCUUCAUGUAUUUAAGACCUUCCACCACCUUCUCGGAGGAUAAGAUGGUCACCGUGGUCUACACCAUUAUCACUCCGGUGCUGAAUCCCUUGAUCUACACGCUGCGCAAUAAGGAGGUGAAAAAUGCCAUGAGAAAAUUAGGGAGCAGAAAAGUGACAUUAGGGGUGAAAUGA